AUGUCACCCGGGCGGGGAUCUGCCCCAUAUGCGGCCUCGUUAAGGUCAACAACGACACCUGCUCCAGAUUAUUUUGCCGUCCGCCGCACGGCGAGUGUCCCAGGCCGGCCAAGAUCUAGGCUGACGAGACAAACGACCCAGGAACGGAUCGAUGAGAUCCUAGAGGGUGCACUCCGAAGAGCAGAGGAGGCAGACGCCAUCGCCAGCAGUCAAUCCCCCCACGACCACCCCAUGCCUAGGUCGUCGAGCGCGAACCCACCCCUGCUUGACCGCACUCGCCGAUCGUCGGCUGGAGCCAAUCGUGCCCAUGAUCAUGACGAGAGUAGCGCCGAUGAGACUACCGGAAUCGUUUCCCGUGGAGACAACCUGAGCUACCAAUCUACUCUGACGACGGAGAGCAACGGAGCAAGAUUGACCGCCACGGGGAGACGCUCCGAAUCUUCGCGACAGAAUGGUAAUGGUGCUACUGCUGGGAUCGACGACAACGAGAGUGCCCGCCAACUCGAGCCUAAGCCUAGAGGUGUGCCUUGGUUUAGGGCAGCCAUUGAGCCGUUCAAGGCACUCGAGCUAGAGAACAAGGGAAGUGUGGCUAGGGACCACCUCGCGAUAGAGCGAACCUUCCUUGCCUGGCUGCGAACCUCGUUGGCUUUUGCCUCAAUUGGCAUCGCCGUAACCCAGCUCUUCCGCCUCAACACGUCCCUUCCGGACACCGACGGACACCUCGGUUCAGCGACCCUACGACAGCUCGGCAAGCCCUUGGGAGCCACUUUCCUCGCCAUUAGCAUCGUUAUUCUGUUCCUAGGCUACCACCGCUACUCCGAGAGCCAGAGAUGGGUCAUUGAGGGCAAGUUCCCGGCCAGCCGCGGAACCAUCAUCCUCGUCACCUUUCUGGCGUUUGCGCUGGCCGUGGUUUCUCUGGUUGUCGUGAUAAUCGUGCAUCCCACGGAGGUGGAGCUGUAA